UUUGGCGCGUGAAAAUCGGCUCCUCUGUUUCCGAUCAGCUGGAACAACAACAAAAACAACCGCGCGCGCGACGUUGAUGCGGAAAACACCGAGCUGAUUUACUGAAUCCUGGACACUUAAAGCGGAUAUAAAGUACAUCUGAGCGUUUCUGGAGCUUUAUAUUUACACUUGUGAGCUUUGGAGGAUUGUUUUCUUGUUCGUUUUUUCUCCUAAAACCCGGCCAAACUUCCUGAAUGAGCUGAGAACAUCACGAGCUGCAGGAAGUCCUGAAAGAGAAACUCCUUUUGUGCUGUCAGAUCCGCAUCUUUUACAUUUUCUUUCUAAAGAAUUGUGUCUUUUAUUUGUAGAACCUGCCUUUGCAUGAAAGUUUGAGCGAUUGCAUUUUGAAAAUGGGCAAAAAAGUUCGUUUUUUUAAGCUUUUCGGCCUGUUUCCCUUUACAGUGCUUGUUGCCGAAUAGGCCUGAGCUUGUCUAGAAGUUGACGUGAUUGUAACUGAUAUAAACUAUAAAAACAAAUCAUAAUAUGCAUUCAUGUUAGCGUGCAUUAGUGUCGUUUUAUGUCUCAGUUUUUACACUUAAUCUUUAAACUGCAUGCGUGUUCGAAAGGUAGUGCCAAAACAAAGGAGGCUUAAUCUCAUUCAUUACAAUUAAAGUAAGAUUGCAUGAGUAUUAAAUAAUGUGAGCUACAAAUCUGCUGUAUAACAACGUCAUAAAGAACUGUAGAUAGAUAUUUUAGAAUUUUGUGUUCUAAAUCUGGAAAAAAGACAAAACAAAAAAAACAACCAUCAUUAAGCACUUCAGAUUAGUGAUCAAAUGGGUCGGCAAUAUCAUCUUAAAUUGACUCAGAUUUUGCCACUGAACUCCCUCUCAUCAUCAUCUGUGAAACUGUGAAGACAGGAAGCUGAUAUAACUGGUUAUUAUAAGAAAAGGUGAAAGGCCACAUCUCGGAUGGCGGACACGGUGGUUUCUGCUCACAGCUCGGAGGAUCUCCUGGUCGACUUUGAGACUCUCCUGAACAGCGGCAGCAUCGACCUGAGCGCAGAUCAUCAGAUCGUCAUAAUCUCUCCAGCAUGCGGCAACGUGGAACUCGUCCAGCCCCGGAGCGCAGGAACGGAUCUGCUGCUGUUCUCCACGCCGCACAGCACCAUGCCACUGCAGCGUAGAGACACCAUGCCGGGCCGCCCGCCGGUGAAGAGGAAGUUGGACUUGGACAAUGAUCACCAGUACAUCAGCACUACCAGAUCACCUCCACCAUGUCCUGCUCCUCCUGCUACACCUGGACGUCCCAGAGUCCCUCGGCUAAGCACGGAGAAAUCACGCUAUGACACGUCCCUGAACCUCACCACCAAACGCUUCCUGGACCUGCUGGCUCAGUCUCCGGACGGCGUUGUGGACCUGAACUGGGCCUCACAGGUGCUGGACGUCCAGAAGAGACGCAUCUACGACAUUACCAACGUCCUAGAGGGCAUUCAUCUCAUCUCCAAGAAAUCCAAGAACAACAUUCAGUGGCUUGGUAGCCGUAUUGACGGUGCUUCAGUCGCUCGUUAUCAAGAGUUACAGAGAGAAGUGUCUGAACUGUCCGACGCUGAAGAUAAAUUGGACGAACUCAUUAACAAGUGCAGCCUGCAGCUCCGCCUCCUCACUGAGGAUUCAGAGAAUAAGAUGAUGGGGUACGUGAGGUGUCAGGACCUGCGCAGCACCGUGGACCCUCCGGAUCAGAUCGUCAUCGUGAUCCGAGCCCCACCCGAGACGCAGAUGACAGUCACCGAGCCCAGUGAGGGGUACCAGAUCUCCCUGAAAAGCACUACGGGGCCCAUCGACGUGUUCCUGUGUCCUGAGGACAGUUCUGGAGUUUGUAGUCCUGUAACGGGCUGCAGUCCUGCAAAAUUGUCCCCCCACAGCCCUCCUCGUCCGGCCUCGUCCGCACAGGAAGCGAGGUCGCCGACGCUCCCGAACACCUCCCCACUUCCUUUAGUGAAUGAGACAGAGUCGAUGCUGGACCCGUUCUCGGGUAUGAGUGAGAUUGCCGACUUUGACCCCUUGACUCUGGGCUCGUCAGACUUCCUUUUGGAUCGGACCGGUCCCGGUUCUGGUUCUGGCUCGGAUCCCUUUGGCCUUCCGAUCGAGAGCUUCAUCAGCUUGUCUCCGCCCCACACGCAGGACUACCACUUCGGUCUGGAGGACCACGAGGGCAUCAGCGAACUGUUCGACUGCGACUUCACCGACCUUGGACCUCUGUUCUGAGAGUCUCUGUUCGUAUCGUCCCUCGACUGACUAAAAAUAUUGGCACCCAUUUUUAAAGCACUUUUCGAAUUUUGUCUCUAACACAAAAAAUUAUUUUUUUUCCACUUGUCUGGAAACUGACUCCCGUUUGCAUCUUCAGCACUUCCUGCUUCAUCGUGCUUCAUCAUGCUGCAGCUCCGAGCUGCCUUUCAUCCUUCACUAGCACUUCACCCCGGCCGUCUCUGAGCUCCGCUUCCUUAAUCAGUUUAAUUUAUUUAUAUAAAAUAUAACGUAAUCUCUUUUUCUUUUAUUAUUGUUUAAGUUUUGUAGAUGUAAAGAGGGUUGUAUGUUCUGUGCAUAGAGGAGUGUGUAGUGUACGUGUGUGUGUGUGUUGGUGCGUGUGUAGAGAUUUGAAACCGAGAUUUCCUAAGGUUUUGCUCAGGUGGAAAGACUAUUCCUUCGUUACAGUAUGCAUUUUAAGACGCAUCCUCGACGAUUUGUCCUCAUGCGUAACGGGCGAGUGGCCGCUUGCAGCGGUAGAGAAGAGUGUAGUGCUUGCUGCCAUGGAAUUUAGCUAGCUUGUUUAAAAGCUAGCAGUGCAAACUAGUGACGUUCUUUUAGCUACCGUGUACAGAUGUAGUCAUGGUUGACUAUGUAAUCCCCUACGUUUAAAUAAAUAAAUAAAAUGACAUUCGAUUGCACUGCAUUCUGGGUAUUUAAUCCCUCGUCCCUCAGACGAACACGAUGACGUAACAAUCGUUAAAAUGGCGACGGGGAUAUAACCAUGGCAAAGCUGACAAGUUAGAUAGAUCGCUGUAUUUCUAGCGACAGUCAUAGGUUCUGCGUGUGUAGAGUGUUUUCCUGGUGCUUAGCCAAUAUUUUCUUACUACUUGAACCAUUUAAACAGAAAUAAUGUCUUGUGUUCACCUUUUUACGGCGAAAACGCAAAGUACCAGAGUCGUUUUGCUAACGAGCCGGCAUGCUAGCUAGUAAAAAUUUAUAAAAUUUAAAUAAUUGUUAGCGCUCCUGCCUUCUGGAUAAUAUUCUCUUCCCGAUAUUCUUGAAAGUACCUUAAACACGGUGACUAGGAUUCAGCCGAGGGCAAAUAGGUAGGGGAAGUCGACGAGGGUGUGUUAUGAACGUGGUAUUGGAACACAGCCCUGGUUCAUAUAGCUUCUUGUAGUCCGUAGAGGUUUUAUUUAAUAAGCUAUUUCCUUCAUACACGAGUAUGAGCUAACCGUGUGUGUGUGUGUGUGUGUGUGUGAGUGAGAGAGAGAGAGAGAGAGAGAAGGGGGCCGGGUUUUCAGAAAGGCAGCUUGUUUUAUUUAGAGAGAGAGAGUGUGUGUGUGUGUGUGUGUGUGUGUGUGUGUGUGUGUGUGUGUGUGUGUGUAAAGGGUUUAUUUGUCGUUUUAAGGUGUGCAGUGUGUUUAAGAAGUUUUAGGGUUUUUCCAUGUUGGUUUUAUGUGUGUGUGAGAGUGAUCAUGAUGUCCAUCCAGCAGAAUGGUGGAUAUGUUUGGAGAAAAUGUAUAUCCAUAUGCAAAUUCUUUAUUAAGUGGCUUUUUAAUGAUCGACAGUGAAAAAAAAAAAAAAAAACAAUGUUUCUGUUUCAUCAACAAUCCCAAAUAAAUCAGUUAUCUCCCUUCA